GUGAGCAUGACAGCCGUCGCAACAGCUUCGUCAUUCAUCAACAAUCACCCAAACUAUUCACGGGGCCGCAGUCAUUCUCAUAGCGACAUCGAAUUUCCGAUUACUACAUAUUAUAAACGUCGGAGAGCGAGAUGCUGGCUCGUUUGCCAGUGUCGUCGGCCGGCUCACGCCUGGUCCACUGCCACCGUCACAUUCGUCGCCCGAUUGUUCGCAUAGUCGCCUUCCAUGCCACUCGCACUUAUGCGACUCCUGGGAGACCUAAGUCGGUCGUCGGUGAGCCUUCGAAGCCUGUGAAGCGGGCAACUUCCCGCGCAACGGGCACUUCAACAACUUCCGCCAAGAGGACGACCACAAAGACCGCAAAGAGCACCAAGGCGGCAGCCAAGAAGCCCAGAGCGAAGAAGGCCGCCCCAAAGAAGGCCGCGACCAAGAAGAAGCCGAAGAGGGUAACAUUGACAGAAGAGCAGAAGGCCGCUCAGAAGGCCAAAUUGCUCAAGCGGAAGACAAGCGAGAAGAAGAAGGCGGACCUACUGGAGAUCAAGACUUUGAAGGAGCAGGCUCUCGCGCCGCCGGUUCCAGUCACUGGUAAUCGCAAUGCAUACAAUGUGUACGUGGCGGAGGCGAUGAAGGGCGCGAAGGGUAGCAAUGGGGAUGUGACGAGCGCGUUCGCCCAUGUCGCCAAGCAGUACAAGUCUUUGAGCGCUGCAGAGAAAGAGGUACGUAAGCGAAUAGAGGGACGGCUAGCUGUUCAGUGACGUUCUUUACUAACGCGGGAGAACAGACCUACCAGGAGCGCGCAGCCGAGCUCGAGGCGAUGCGCCUCGUCGCUAUCAAGAAAUGGAUUAAGAGUCACAGCGCCGCUGAAAUUGGCCUUGCGAACAAGGCUCGAGCUCGUCUUAACAGACUUUACCCCACUGGAAAAGGAUCGCGCGCGA